AUGCCACCAAUUCGCUCUCAAAAUUCUCAAAAACGCGUAGAGCAAGAGGGUAGACUCUUAUUAGCUAUCCAGGCUAUUAAGAAGCAGGAAUUUAGCUCUUUACGCAAAGCUGCGGAGGUUUUUAACGUCCCCCGCAGUACGCUCACGACGCGUCUGAAUGGCAUCACCUACCGCGACGAAACACGCGCAAACUGUCAAAAAUUGACUGCUUUUGAAGAGCAAUCGCUUUAUGAAUGGAUUAUCUCACUAGAUGAUCGCGGAGCAGCCCCCCGGCCUAAAACUGUACGAGAUGCAGCCAAUAUACUACUUCGAACGCGUGGUUCUGACCCCCCUACUACGGUCGGCAAAAAUUGGGUAAAAAAAUUCGUUCAAAGAUACCCUGACCUCUCUACUCGAUUCUCACGAUCGUAUGACUACCGACGAGCAUUAUGCGAGGAUAAAGGCACAAUUCGAACGUGGUUUAACUUCGUGAAGUCUACGAUUGAGAAGUAUGGGAUUGCGGAUGAAGAUAUCUACAAUUUCGACGAGACUGGCUUCGCUCUUGGUCUUACGGCUACUGCGAAGGUUAUAACGCGAAGAAGCACCGGUCGGAGAGCUAUCUUACAACCUGGAAAUCGCGAAUGGGUCACUACAAUUGAGGCAAUAAAUGCAACGGGGUGGGUGUUGCCGCCAUGCGUCAUUUUCAAAGGCAAGGUCUUUAUGGCUGCAUGGUUCAAGGAUACGCAAUUACCUACCGAUUGGCGAUUCACAGUUAGUGAUAACGGGUGGACAAGUGAUGCUAUUGGUCUCGAAUGGCUUCAAAAAACAUUCAUUCCAUCGACUACUAGCCGAAAAAAGGGUCGGUAUAGGCUUCUUAUCCUCGACGGCCAUGGCAGCCACCUUUCAGCUGAAUUCGAUACAAUAUGCUCUCAAAAUGAUAUUAUACCAAUUUGUAUGCCUUCGCAUUCAUCUCAUCUUUUACAACCUCUCGAUAUCGGCUAUUUUGGGGUGUUAAAAGGGGCAUAUUCCGACCUCGUGGAUUCGCAGGUGAAGCUUGGCAUAAGUCGAAUCGAUAAAUGCGACUUCCUUACAGCCUAUCCUCAGGCUAGAAAGGUAGCAUUUAAAUCGCAAACCAUUGUGAAUAGCUUCGCAGCUGCUAGUUUAGUGCCUUUCGACCCAAUACGCGUGGUUUCAAAGCUUGAUAUCCGACUUCAUACCCCCCCCCUCCCUCCAAGCCGUGGCAGCGAUUCGAGCCUCAAUUUCACGCCAAAGACGCCGCGUACAGUGAAGGACGUUCGCCGGCAGGCUUCUUCUAUUAAGAAAUUGCAACAAGAGAGCCCGUCGCGCGCGGAUAAAGCGUUCAAGCAGAUCGUGAAAGGCGCCCAUUUAGCUAUACACGGCGCGGCCAUUUUACGCCAGGAAAACCAGGAAUUACGCGCCGCUAAUGCGAGAACCACCCAAAAAAGGAAGCGUACAAGGAAGCGAAUAGCUCAUGAAGGUAGCAUAUCAGUUUUGGAGGCUAUGGAGGUGGUAUCUGGUCUAGGAAUAGCCGAUGAAGUAGGCGCAGGUGGUGAUAGCGCUUCAUCCCCGACGCCGAAUCAGGCCAAUAAGAGGAGGCCACAGCGAUGCAGUCUUUGUAAAACGCCUGGACAUAAGAGAAAUAGGUGCCCAGGGAGGUCUGAAUAG